AUGGCGACGAUGACGAUGCAGCUGGGUGGGCUGAUGCUGGCGGUGCUGGGCUGGCUGGGCUCCAUCCUGACCUGUGCGCUGCCCAUGUGGAAGGUGACAGCAUUCAUUGGCUCCAACAUCGUGACGGCCCAGGUGUUCUGGGAAGGGCUGUGGAUGAACUGCGUGUACGAGACCACGGGGCAGAUGCAGUGCAAGGCCUAUGACUCCCUGCUGGAGCUCACUUCUGACCUGCAAGCGGCCCGUGCCUUGGUGGUCACCUCCAUCUUCGCGGCCUUCUUCGCCUUCCUCAUCGCCCUCUCAGGUGCAGACUGCACCCGCUUCGUGGAUGACAACAGCACCAAGACCAGGAUGUCCAUGGUGGCAGGUGGCAUCUUCAUCCUGUCCAGCAUCAUGAUUCUCAUCCCUGUCUCCUGGUCUGCCAACAGCAUCGUCACCGACUUCUACAACCCCAUGGUGCCCCAAGCACUCAAGAGGGAGCUAGGGGCUGCCCUCUACAUCGGCUGGGGCAUCUUCGGUGGGGGCAUCGUGUGCUCCUCGGGACCCUCAUCCCAGCAGGACCCUUAUCCCAAGAAGUACAGAGCAGUGAAAAGCUGUGGCCCCAUGGGCUAUCCCAUGAAGGACUACGUGUGA